GCAUCCGCCACUGACCAGCAUGCUUUCCCGCCUCUCGUCGCUCCGCGCCCUCCGCACGGCCAUGCCCGUCCGCGCCUUCUCGUCGGACCUCUCGUCGCUCCUCGCGCGCGAGCUCGCGGAGGAGAAGGCCAACUGCUUUGUCGGCGAAGAGCUCGAGACGCUGCGCGAGAAGGUGCUCAAGCACUUCAAGAUCACCGACACGCCGGGCAACGUGGGCAUUACGCUCAAGAGCAAGACCGCCAACGAGAUCAUUGACAUCAACUUCAACGUGCAGGACGUUGCCGAGCCCGAGGCCGGCGAGUACGAGGACGAAGAAGAGGAGGCCGAGGGCGACUACGAGGGCGACGAGGAGGACGACGUCUUGCCGAGCAUCCGCUUCACGGCGCGCAUUGUCAAGAACAACGAAGCGCUCAUCUUUGACUGCGUCGCGAGCUCCAUCUUGACGAUCGACAGCGUCAUGCACCUCGAAGAGAACGCCGAUGAAGUCGACAACUCGGCGUACCAUGGCCCGCGCUUCAUCGACCUCGAGAACGACGUGCAGGAAGCCUUUGCCGACUACCUCAACGAACGCCACAUCAAUGACGACUUGGCCAACUUUAUCAUGGAGUACGCCGACCUCAAGGAGCAGAAGGAGUACGUCACGUUCUUGGAGAACGUCCAAAAGUUCACGGCCGAAUAAACCAUCUUAUCAAUUCAGUCUAUACUACUACUACGUCA